CAGUCCACCAUCAGCAUCAGAGUGCCUGCUUUCUUUGUCACUGCCAUCUGCCGUAAUCCGCAAGAUGAAACUGUGGGUGCUGUGUGCUGCUGCUGUGAUGUGCUUCCUGAGUGGGGUCACAGCUUCAUGCUCCAACAAUCCAUGCACUGGAACAGACUACAGAUCUUACUCAAGCUGCCUCAGCAACCGAUGUCCAAGCACGGUCAUACAGCCGCAGUUCGUUCAACCUCCACCGAUCAUACAACCGCAGUUCGUUCAACCUCCACCGGUCAUACAACCGCAGUUCGUUCAACCUCCACCGAUCAUACAACCGCAGUUCGUUCAACCUCCACCGGUCAUACAGCCGCAGUUCGUUCAACCUCCACCGGUCAUACAACCGCAGAUCAUUCAGCCAAACCCAAUAUGGCCGGUUCAUCAACUUGGCUGCUACUACCAACACAACCAGUGUCCCUCUCACUGUUUAGGAGGCUGUAUUUCCUUGCCUAGGCAACAGUCGUGUUCCUCUACAAGGCACUGGCCUUUCCUUAGAUGUGAAAGUCCGUAUUUUGGUGGCAUUGGUAGCUAUGGUGGUUAUGGCGGUUAUGGAGGUCUUGGAAGUUAUGGAGGUUAUGGAGGUUAUGUUGGAGGCCAGAUACUUUAUCCACAGACUGCAUAAUAUACAUGGAUUUAUAUAGAGUGCUCAGUCAUGAAUUUAAUUAACAUAGUUCUUUUCUUAGUCCAGAACUGUAAUCGUAUGUUUU